UACCUUGCAUAAUCGAUCUCGUACCUUACCUUAACCUCAAAAACCGUCCAUACAUACGACUUUAUCAAUUUCCGCCGAACUAUUGAUUUUUCUCAAUUCGACCAAUCCGAUACCACCUCGGCGUUUUCGAGUCGCGCCCGACCUCAACCCUCGAUUUCUUACUAAAUAUUCCUAUCCGCGACGAACCGCUCUAACCCGCCAAACGCGCGCCGUACCUUCCAUCUUUUUAACGUUUCACGCAUCACGCACUCUACGCCUUCUCGUUUUAUAACAUAAUCGUGGUCAGGUAGGAGCCCAGCUCGAUGCAUAUCUAGCUGGUGCAACUACUACCACAAAUUCUCAACUCUUUGUUUCCUUAGUUGAAACAAAUACAUCACACAAUGCAGUUUGCGAUAUCAUCUAUCUUCUCUACUCCAGUCGUCCGUCUUGCUCUGUCCUCCGGUUUGAUCGAUCUUAAAACCUUGACUAGAGGUAUUCGUGUUUAGAACUCACCUUCUAUUCAUAUUUCCUCUGUGACUUUAUAACAGCAGAUAUAUGCUGUUGUGAAGUUGAAAAGUCUUACACGAACAGAUCUCACAAAUCUGUUUCUCGGUUUUUAGCGAUCUAAUCGGUUGACUCUGCUCGUCGGGCGACUGGAGGUUUUAGUCUUAUAGACAUCAUUUACCUCCCGCUCCACUCAAGAUGAUGUGCAGCGAAUCUGAUUCGCUGGAUUUCAUCACCUCUCGAAAUGGCCCCUACAACUCCUCAAUAGCUUCUUCCGCCUCAUCAUCUUCGACCUCGGUUUGGUCUGAAGUAUCUUCUCAAUCCUCCGAUGAUACCUCCGUUUCCUUAUGCAGCAAUUCUGAUUCGUCAGAACAAUGCGAGUCUUAUCCUAACUUUCGAAGGCCUUUGCCGACCCAAUCCGAUGUUACGUGCCACCCGGUAAUAACGAGCGUUUGUUGGUCAGCACAGGUACAAACCCAAGCACCCGAAGUUCCACAAGAACUCCGGCAGAAUCCGCGCCGCACCAAUAGCGGUGCAACCACUAGGACUGGAUGCCCUCCACCUCUGGUUCGUCAAAGCGAUCGCAAGGUCAAUUUUGUCGAUAGCCUCGUCGAUUCGUCCACCCAGAUAGUAGAAGCGAUAUGGCCGCUGUCCUCCGUCUUCCACCGUCAAGAACUGGGUCACAAGGCCGUGUUACCUCUGCGCACUUUCAUCCAGGAAACGUUGCGCAGGUCUCGUACGAGCUAUUCCACUUUGCAGGUCGCUUUGUAUUACCUGAUAUUAAUCAAGCCUCAUGUCCCUAACCACGAUUUUACCAUGGAGCAACCGGAUGAUGUCCACGCAAGCCGGGUUCUCCAAUGUGGUCGUAGAAUGUUUCUAGCGGCCUUAAUUUUAGCCUCGAAGUAUUUACAAGACCGAAAUUACUCGGCAAGAGCCUGGAGCAAGAUAUCCGGGCUGGCAACACAAGAAAUCAAUCAAAACGAGAUGUCAUUCCUGGUCGCAGUGAACUGGAAGUUGCACAUCACCGAUGACGUUUUUAAACGAUGGACGGAAAUUGUGCUGAAGCACACACCAUCACAACCACCUACCUCUGGAUCCGCCUGCUCUCAAAUCUCGGAACAGCAAACCCAAGAUUGGAGGAAUUUAAUUCUAAAGCUCGAACCUGAACUUGGGAAUAUCGAGGACCUUAUUCCGCUGAGUCCGUCCAUGGCAAAGAUUCGGGAUUCAACGCCGAUUUCACCUAUAUCGGCCCUUCCUCAGUCGGAUUUAUCGAGUUAUACGUCAAGCGAUCCCUCCACACCAAAGACCUACAACAUACCUUUCGUCAUGGAACCCGCGCCCGCUUCUGCACACACUCCGGGCCGUCUUGCACCAGCUUUAGGUCUACUUCCUACUCCUCGUCUUACACCGCAACCGAUUGGAUUUAGUACUCCUGCCGCGAGUGCAGCUACAUGCCUUCUUAGCGGUAAGGGAUCAAUGGGUUUCGCGAUGGCUCAAGCCGCAAACGUAUCUGCUUCGCAAAACUUGGACAGAUGGCCUGGAUCUAUCAGCUCAUCACCGUUGAGUUACGUUUCAACGCGCCGUUCUUCACUUGCUAAUUCUAUUUCAACGGCUUCUUCGCCGGAAUCUAUGAUUUCUGAUUCGUCACGUACUUCUCGUUCAUCCUCAAUCUCCUCAGCCUCGUCACUAGCCAGCGCGCCGUCCACCAAAUUGGAUGUUCAGGCGCGAUGCCGGUAUGCGAAGCUUUGUAGUGAAAGGUAUGGCUUGAGGCCCAUGAUCGCUUCAGUACCCGAAGAUUACGAAGAUAAUUGCAUCACGUCUUCACCCGAAUCUUUCACCGGCACGGUGGGCAAAGAUUUGGUACAGAUGUCGCUGGAGACACCAUUGGCACGAGGAUGUGAAAUUGACGAUGAUACGAACGCAGCACGUGCGCUACAAGAGCUUUACAGCUAUCAUCACCGAUUAAACCCACAGCCUCGUUCGUCUUCCAGGCUUGGGGCAAAGCGCAGCCGGCCCUUGUCAAUCGAUAACUCCCUUCAGGAGAACGUCCGUGAGAUGUUAAGCAGUCAAUACUGCAGUAUCGCUGAGAAAGAACGAGCUGAUGCAAUAGUUCAAGGCCAGAAUUCCAUGGAUUUGGGGAGCCAGAGGACACCCGUCCAGUCGAACGGAGGCAGGAAGCGUUAUUGCUGCUCGACCGACGCUCGCUCGUAUAUCAUUCCAGCAAUACACCCCGCUGUGGGCGGUCCUGGUGGGCCGGGCAUGUGGGAAGGCAUUCUGAAUUAGGAGCCACUUAGCGGGCUUCGAUACACUACGGAACCGACGACAUACAACCCUUGUGACAAUAUUCAACUAUUUCCUUUGUUCUGCAAUGGCUGGGGUUUGACGGUUGAUACCACAUUUGGAAGUCACAAUAGUUUAUAGAGAACGCCAAACGAAAGGUCAAAGUGGCAUACCAGCAGCAGCAGCAGCAGCAAGAAGCUGCAAAAACGAGGCGACUCGAGU